GGAAAUGACACCAUAGAAUGCAAAAAUGGGUUAGAAAAUGAGAUUGGGAUCACCUGCAUCUCAUCUCCGGUGCACCUUAACCCACCCUCCGAAAUUCGCCACUCUUUUCUUUUCCCGCGCUUUUACGAUCCUUCACCAUCACCAUAUCCACAGCCCAGAAAUUUUGAUUCCUCCCUCUACCAUUGAAGCCUUCAAGAUUCACGAAAACGACGAUCAAUCGAACUCUCAUGUAAAUUUAAGACAUUUAGCUAAAUUACAGCGAAAUGGGUUUUUAUGCUUCCCCCGUGAAAUCAACAGAGUCAUUUCCACCUGUGCCAAAUUGGGUUCAUAUUUCGUCGGAAUUCAGAUUCAAGCCCACGUUAUUAAAGCGGGAUUUACUUCAAACGUUUACAUCAAUAGCGCUUUGGUCGAUAUGUACUGUAAAUGUGUCAAGGUGGAGAUGGGUCAGCUCUUGUUUGAUGAAAUGCCUGAAAGAAAUCACGUGACCUGGAAUUCCUUGAUUUCCGGUUAUUUGGAAACUCUUUGUCCGACCACGGCGAUGUGCUUAUACAUUGAUAUGCUGAGAUCUGGGGAAAUUAUUACACCGUACGGAAUUUCAGCGGCUCUGGUUGGAAGUGCACAGCUUGAAGAUGGCUGUCUUGGAGCUCAAUUGCAUGCCUUGGGUUUGAAAAAUGGUUUUGAGGAUAAUGUGGUCGUUGGGACUGGUUUGGUUGAUAUGUAUUCGAAAUGUUCUUCUCUGGAAGCAUCGAGAAGGGUGUUUGAUGGAAUGCCUCAUAAGAAUGUUCGCAGCUGGACUUCAAUGAUCACGGGUUAUGCGCACAACAAGUUCCCGAUUGACGCCAUGAUUUUGAUCAGGGAAAUGUUCCGGGUUGGUGUUAAGGCUAACUACGUCACGUAUAAUAGUUUGUUGUGUUCGUUUUGUGGUCCGGGUGACCUGGAUCAUUGCAGGGAAAUCCAUUGUCGUGUAGUUCAGGAAGGUUUUGACGCUAAUAUGUUUGUGGCAUGUACAUUAGUGACUGCAUAUUCAGAGUGUGGUUGUAGCACAGGUGAUUUCUUUAAGGUUUGUUCAACUAUAAAGUUUUGGGACCAAAUCUCAUGGAAUGCAGUCAUUGCUGGAUUCUCUAAUUUAGGUAUAGGUGAGGAAGCCCUCAAUUGCUUCACCCAAAUGCGGCGAGCAGGGAUUUCUGUCGAUCUCUUUACAUAUGCAAGUGUUUUAAAAGCAACAGGAACAAUAUCAGCUCUUGAAGAAGGUAAGCAGAUCCAUAGCCUUCUUAUCAAGGGAGGGUACGAUUCAGAUUUAUGUGCAAGGAAUGGACUUAUUUCCAUGUUUUCAAGAUGCGGAAAUCUUAGUGAUGCCAAGAAAGUAUUCUUACUGAUGGAUGAACAUGAUGUAGUAUCAUGGAACUCGCUUCUAUCAGGCUUUGCUCAUCACGGGUUUGUCGAGGAAACUAUUAGAAUCUUUGAAGAAAUGAGGAGGAGCAGGGUUAGACCAAAUUUAACAACAUUCCUAAUCGUGCUUUCAGCCUGUAGCCAUUCCGGGUUGGUUGAGAAAGGGCUCCAGUAUUUUGAGCUGAUGAAGAAUGAUUCUUCCAUUCCACCGCCUAAUCUAGAGCAUUAUGCUUGCAUUGUCGAUCUCUGUGGCCGGGCUGGUUAUCUUGAACAAGCCGAGGCAUUCAUCAAUGACAUGCCAAUGAACCCCAAAGCUCCCAUGUUAAAAGCCUUACUAAGUGCUUGCCAGGUUUACGGCAACAAGGAAAUUGCCACGCGAUGUGCAAGAAGGCUUGUGGAGAUUUCUCCGUCUGACCCUGCCACUUAUGUAGUCCUUGCAAAUAUCUUAGCCCGGGAAGGUAAUUGGAAUGAUGCUGAAGGCGUGCGCAAGCUGAUGUUUGACAGGCAAGUGAUGAAAAAGCCUGGUUCUAGCUGGAUAUGACAUUACUAGAACAUCUGAAACUUUUAUGUUGAUGGAAUGAUUUGGCCAAAAGAAGGUUGGAUAGCUUCUUUUUUUUUUUCUUUUUUUUUCUUUGUAGGGUAGGAUUUCUGGUUAAAUUUUAACCUGGUUUAUUUUCUUCAAUGAUUUCAUGUUGAUAAAAUGUUUGCACAAGUUUGUGAC